AUGUCAAACUUCAAGCAUGCAUUUUCCUUGUCGUCAGAUCAGGUUCGGGCAGCUACUCCCCCGGGCACAAUUACUUUAUCAGCACAUAACAUGCACGCGGCUGAGCUUGGGGAACUAGCACGAAAUAACGAGCUGGUGCUCGUUCCUCAACCUAGCUCAAGCCCGGCAGAUCCACUCAACUGGACAACCUGGCGCAAAAUCGCGACUCUGACUUGCAUGUCGCUAUAUGCGGCUAUUGGCAAUUUCACAUCGGCGUCUAUCGCGAGUGCCUUCCCCCUUUAUGCCACACCACUGGCCUUCGAUCCUCCUGUAUCAAUGGGAAAUCUGACUCAUCUGAUAGCUGUAAAUGUGCUUAUGAUGGGUGCCGCCAACCUCUGGUGGGUGCCUCUGGCUAAUAUCUUUGGCCGGAGACCAAUCAUAUUGGGAAAUAUCUUACUGUUAGUACUCUGCUGUAUAUGGGCUGGGCUUGCCAAAAGUUUUGGAAGUCUGUUAGCUGCCCGUAUCUUUAUGGGUAUAGCAGUGGCGCCAGCAGAUACAAUUGCCCCAAAUGUGAUUGGUGAAAUAUUUUUUACUCACCAGCGUGGUCGAGCUAUGGGCUGCUAUACGGUUUCUAUUUGCUUAGGACCGAUUAUUGGGGGUAUGUGCGGUGGAUACAUUGCUGGUACGAAAGGCCUCCUAUGGAUCCAUUGGGUGAAUGUGAUCUUGGCUGCUAUCUUACUACUUGCCUGUGUUACACUUGUGCCAGAAACACUAUUAAAUAGAGCUCAGGCACCGCCCGCAGGUCAUAACCCACGCUUAAUGGAGAGUGAAGAAAAGCCAGAUGCUGAGACCAUUGAGACCGUUGCUCCGAUCUCUCUGAAUAUUAAUCUGAAUCGGCAGACGAUUUAUAGCUCUAUGCUAAAAUUUCAUAAGUACGAAGGGGAACUCCUUCAGAAGUUUCUAGCUCCAUGGAAAACACUUCGUCUGCCUGGGGUUUGGCUAGUUAUGUUUUGGUACGCUGGGCUAGUAGGUGGUGUAGUGACCAUCACUACUGUCGGACCAACUCUCAUUGCCGCACCGCCGUAUCUCUGGGGAAACAAUGCCGGCCUAAUUAUGACCGGUGGGAUUAUUGGUUCUCUUUUAGGGCUCAUUGCAACAAAUUUGAGUGCCGAUCGUGUUAUCAUUACUAGAAGUAAACGGCAGGGCUAUUCAUUUGUGGAACCAGAAGAACGCUUGCCGAUAGCAAUACCAGGCUUGAUUCUUGCAACUACAGGACUUUGGAUAUUCGGCUUCUGUGCGCAGAACCUUGGACAGGCGCAUAUAUGGGUAGGAAUGCAGUUUGGGCUUGGAAUGCUUUGUUUUGGCUUAAUGCAGGCGCCUUCGAUUGGGUUCAACUAUGUGAGUGACGACUACCCAUAG